GUCCCACAAUGUCUCUGCCUCCUGCAGUGCACUCAGGGGAGCCUAACCUGUGUGUGUCAUUUAGAGAUAGUGGGAACUGCCAAUGCUGGAGAAUCUGAGAUAACAAGGUGUAAAGGUGGAUGAACAUAGCAGGCCAAGCAACAUCAGAAGAGCAGGAAAGCUGACGUUUAGUUGUGGAUUGGCUUAUUGUUCAACGAGCUUAUUGAUAGAGUACUGCAACAGCUGAAGCCAAUCUGUGAUGCAGCCUGUGAGGAUGGCUGAGUUGAGCUGGAAGGAGGUAGUUUUGUUGACAGCGGUAGUGGCCAUUUGUUACUGGAACAGCACGAAUUGUGGGUUUGUUUUUGAUGACGUCUCUGCCAUUCUGGAUAACAAAGAUUUGCAUCCUUCAACACCUUUAAAGAACUUAUUCCACAAUGACUUCUGGGGAACUCCUAUGAAUGAGGAAAGGAGCCACAAAUCCUAUCGACCACUCACUGUGCUCACAUUUCGAUUAAACUACCUUUUCAGUGAACUGAAUUCUGCUUUCUACCACCUCUUGAAUCUUGUCCUGCAUGCAGUGGUCUGCGUAAUCUAUCUCAAAGUAUGCCAUUUGUUCCUGGACAGGAAAUCCAGUCUGAUUGCUUCUUUGCUUUUUGCGGUUCAUCCAAUUCACACUGAAGCGGUUACCGGAGUUGUAGGUCGGGCUGAGCUUUUGUCCUCCAUUUUCUUCCUGGCUGCGUUUUUAUCGUACACCAAGUCUAAAGGUCCCAACAACUCCAUCGUGUGGGCUCCUAUUGUGGUCACUGUAAUAUUAGUUGCUGUUGCAACUUUAUGCAAGGAACAAGGAAUAACGGUCAUCGGCAUAUGUUUUGUCUAUGAAAUCUUUGUUGCCCAAGGAGUAAGUAUAAUACUGUAAAUGGGAAACAGGCAAUUAUUGAGUCCCAUGUGAUUGAGGUUCCCUUUGUGGAUCAUAUAAUUGUAUGUUCCAGAGGACAGAAUAGUCUGGGAAAGUCAGUCCACUGGCAGAAGACUUUACAACCAGAGGACAUGGAUAGCCAGCAAAUGCACCACAAGGGAGAUGAUGAGAAUUGUUUAUUGUGUGGAAAUGAAGACAGUGAUCAGACACAGUGGGAAGGUUUAAUGUACAUUUUUGCAGAUUUUGAAGGGAGGUGAUAGGUGGGAUGGAAGUGUUUCCAGGCUCCUACAAAACUCUCUAUCCAUGACUCACUGAUGUGUUGAGUACCAGAGCAUGCUCCGGACUCACGUGUGCCUUACUAGAUCUUUGAAAGGCUCCGGUGCAAAAUCAAGUUCAGAUUAAUCAAUCCUCG